AUGCAUCAAUGCCUUCAAAUCUCCGAAAUCCUCUGCUUGAUUGUGAAAUUUAUAUCUGAAGGCCGUAUCAUUGUUCCAUGGGAAGGCGACAAUCCAAUCAUACGCCGGGAUUUGCUUUCUCUGACUCUCACAUGCAAAACCAUCCACGGAGUAGCAGUCGCCGCGCUUUGGAAACGUCAGGAUAGCUUCGUGCCGUUGCUUAAGUGUUUGCCGAGCGACCUGUGGCACUUCAAUCCUGUGACUAACCUGAUGUCGUUCUGCCGCCCCCUGGUUCCGACAGACUGGGUGCGCUUCCAACACUACGCGCCGAGCGUCCAGUCCUUGACGGUUGGAAGUGAUGUGGCUCCGGAGGCUCUCGAAAAUUUAGCUAUGUACGGCCCUCUCGGGCCUGAUCACGGUCUUCUCCCAAAUCUCCGGACCCUCUCUUUCUCUGUCAAGCAUGUGGAAUCCUUGGUACAUUUGAUAAUCUUCCUGAAUCCUAACCUUCGUUCGCUGGAGAUCAAUGACGGGGGAUGGAACCUGGUACCGGACUUCUCUGGACUUGGCGACGUCUUGGGUGAUGUAGCACCUUUGCUGGCCAACCUUGCGCUAAGAAUGCCACCAUCUGUGGAGAACAUCGAUAUCAGACGUAGCACGGGAGCACUCACUUCAUUUUCCUCCCUGCCGCAGCAUCUGAAGACGAUUUCCUGGGACAUUCCAUUCGACCUUACGGAUGUUAUACAUCUUGCCGCACUUCCGCAGCUCACGCAUGUUUCGAUAUUCUUGCCAGAUAAUAUUGCCGACGUUCAGCUCCUCCAGACCAGUGUCCAUGGAAACGCGCUGUUUCCUGCUCUACGCUGCCUGGAGCUGAGAGCGCAGUCGUUACUGCACGGUAAAAUAUUCCUGAACUUCCUUGGCAAACAUACCCUGGAGCGACUGGUUCUAUGUGCCGAUGAAAUCCCGGACGAGCAAGACUUGGACAAUGUUGCAGAGGUCUUGAAGUCUCUCCGGCGAAACAGCGGUGAUCCACACGUACUUGAGAGUCUGACAGUGUCGUGCGAUGACCUCCUGGACGAGGCGGAAGACUAUGCCCUGCCCUUCGAUGUGCUCCGGAAGAACUUACUUAUCUUUCACAACAUGAAACAGCUGGCCUUGGACGUGCCUGUUACCGUCAACGGCGACGACGAUAACCUGGAAGAACUUGCUCAGGCAUUGCCUCACAUCGAGAAAGUCCAGCUCGGCUCACGCCCAACAGCGCAGCAUACCAGCUUCACUCUACGAGGACUAUCGAGCUUUGCUCGCCAUUGCGCCUCCAUUCGCUGGCUCACUAUUUCCAUCAAUGCAGAGCUUGAGGAUGAAAAAGCAGAUCAAGACGGUACUUGGGAGGACCUGGGGACGGGGGAGGAGCUGGUCGACCUUACACUAGCACGCUCCAGCCUCAUUUUCCCCUUACCCGUAGCAAGGAUACUCUGUCGCAUGUUCCCUAAGCUGAGCGAUGUGUUCUGGGAAGGUGAUCCAGCACAGUGGGGGCCGCUGGAGGAGUAUGUCAUCGAAUUCAGUAACUGCAGAGAGGAGGCGGAGUGGGAUGCGUGGAUGAGGGAGUCAGUGCCCAGCCCCUCGGUCCUCGAUAGUGGGUCAGAAGAGGAUGAAGAAGGUGAAAAGUGGAUGAAUUCGGCCUCCUAG